AUGAUUAUAACAUUGAGGUCUAUUCCCUGCGAGGACUACCCGGAGCACCCGGUGCGCCGCGGGCUGGCCAGUGUGUGUGGCUGGGGCCGAGUACUGAGCGACGGGGCGGCGCGCGAGGGAACGAGCGAACGAGCCGCCUACCGGCGUACGAGCCUGCGGACGGCGCGCGAGGGAACGAGCGAACGAGCCGCCUACCGGCGUACGAGCCUGCGGACGGCGCGCGAGGGAACGAGCGAACGAGCCGCCUACCGGCGUACGAGCCUGCGGACGGCGCGCGAGGGAACGAGCGAACGAGCCGCCUACCGGCGUACGAGCCUGCGGACGGCGCGCGAGGGAACGAGCGAACGAGCCGCCUACCGGCGUACGAGCCUGCGGACGGCGCGCGAGGGAACGAGCGAACGAGCCGCCUACCGGCGUACGAGCCUGCGGACGGCGCGCGAGGGAACGAGCGAACGAGCCGCCUACCGGCGUACGAGCCUGCGGACGGCGCGCGAGGGAACGAGCGAACGAGCCGCCUACCGGCGUACGAGCCUGCGGACGGCGCGCGAGGGAACGAGCGAACGAGCCGCCUACCGGCGUACGAGCCUGCGGACGGCGCGCGAGGGAACGAGCGAACGAGCCGCCUACCGGCGUACGAGCCUGCGGACGGCGCGCGAGGGAACGAGCGAACGAGCCGCCUACCGGCGUACGAGCCUGCGGACGGCGCGCGAGGGAACGAGCGAACGAGCCGCCUACCGGCGUACGAGCCUGCGGACGGCGCGCGAGGGAACGAGCGAACGAGCCGCCUACCGGCGUACGAGCCUGCGGACGGCGCGCAUGGGUACUUAA